UUGAAAAGCACCACCGGAAGUCGUGUCGACAGAGAUGUGUGGCUCCCUCUCGCAGGUUCAGCGGAUCUUCAGUCUUCAGAGCGACUUAUCGGAGGUAAAAGGGGAUCGUUUAAGGAUACUUGACAGCUUUCAGAGACUGCUAUGACAUCUCGCAGGUGGUUCCACCCCAACAUCACCGGAAUCGAGGCAGAACAGCUCCUGUUGACACGGGGCGUCCACGGCAGUUUCCUGGCCCGACCCAGCAAGAGCAACCCGGGGGAUUUUACCCUCUCUGUGAGGCGGUACGAUGAGGUGACCCACAUUAAGAUCCAGAACUCAGGCGACUACUACGACUUGUAUGGAGGCGAGAAGUUUGCCACGCUGGCCGAGCUGGUGCAGUAUUACACCGAGCAACAGGAUCUCCUGCGCGAGAGGAACGGCCAUGUCAUCGAGCUCAAGUACCCACUCAACUGCAAGGACCCCACCUCUGAAAGGUGGUACCAUGGACACCUGUCAGGGCGAGAUGCAGAGAAACUGCUCACAGAGAAAGGCAGAGCAGGUAGCUUCCUGGUACGGGAGAGCCAGAGUAAACCGGGCGACUUUGUGCUCUCCGUUCUCACCAAUGAAGAGAAACACGAGAACGUGGACCGAAAAACCAAGGUCACCCACGUUAUGAUACGCUACCAGCAGGACGGUAAAUAUGAUGUGGGCGGUGGUGAGAGGUUCGACACUCUGGCUGACCUGGUGGAUCAUUACAAGAAGAACCCCAUGGUGGAGAAAAGUGGCAUAGUAGUGCAUCUUAAACAGCCCUUCAACGCCACAAGGAUAAAUGCAGCAAACAUUGAGAACCGGGUACGAGAGCUCAACAAAGUGGCAGACAACUCAGAGAAACCCAAACAAGGAUUCUGGGAAGAAUUUGAGGUACUUCAGCAACAGGAGUGCAAACUGCUGUAUCCCCGGAAAGAAGGCCAGAAACCAGAAAACAAGAGUAAAAACAGAUACAAGAAUAUCCUCCCCUUCGACACGACUCGGGUGGAAAUCAGGGAAGCAGAUCCAGAACUUCCUGGCUCAGAUUACAUCAAUGCAAACUACAUCAGAAGUAUGCAUGAAGAGGGGCGACAUGUGGAGGAGGGCAAAGUCUUCAUUGCCACCCAGGGGUGCCUACAGAUUACAGUCAUUGACUUCUGGAAGAUGGUGUAUCAGGAAAAUACACACGUCAUCGUCAUGACCACGAAAGAGGUGGAGCGAGGACGAAGCAAAUGUGUCCGUUACUGGCCUGACCUUCACGGAACCAGGGAGUUUGGUAAGCUGCUAGUGAGGAACGUGGACGAGCGGCCAGCUCAGGACUACAUCCUGAGGAAGCUGGAGGUGACCCGUCUGGACCGGAGGGAGCCUCUGAGGUACAUCUGGCAUUACCAGUACCUGAGCUGGCCUGACCACGGCGUGCCAAAUGAACCAGGUGGGGUCUUGUGGUUCCUGGAGGAAGUCAACCGCACUCAGAGUAGCAUUCCAGACACUGGACCCAUUGUCGUCCACUGCAGUGCCGGCAUUGGCAGGACGGGCACCAUUAUCGUGGUCGACAUCCUUAUCGACAUCAUUAACCGCCAAGGUCUAGAUUGUGACAUUGACAUCCCUAAGACCAUCCAGAGAGUGCGGCAGCAAAGGUCGGGCAUGGUGCAGACAGAGGCUCAGUAUAAAUUCAUCUACAUGGCUGUGCAGCAGUACAUAGACACAGCCCAGAAGAGACUAGAAGAGGAGCAGAGGAAUAAGCUGAAGGAGAGAGAAUAUUCCAAUAUCAAAUAUCCUCAGAUGACCAACUCUAGGUCUAAAUCUAACAUGACAUCCUCACGCUCUUCUUCUAUGAUGACAAAUGAUGACUCAUCGAGUGUGUACGAGAACAUAAACUUUAAAAGCCCUCAGUCGUCUUUUAGCAGCAACACCAGGAGGUAAAACCAUCGCCAUGGACCUCCACGUCUGCCUGCCUGCCUCUCUUUUCAGCGGAGGUGGCGCAAGGUCAGCGCCCGAGAACCCUUCAGAGGAGGGGGGAGUGUAAUGCUCUGACUACACCCCCCGUCUGAAGACCCCAUGGGGGCUGAAGGCUGCGAGCUGACCCCUCUCCUGCUGCUGCCGUCCUGCUGGACCUCUCUGUCUGGAGUAAGCCUUACCCUCCGUAGGGAGGAGGACUCUACAGCAUAGUGCUCUCACUCAGGACCCUUUUUGUCCCCUGUCUUUCUCACCCUUCUCUCUUAACCAGCACAAGUGCCUUGUCACAUGAUGUGUCUGUAAUACAGCCUCCCAAAACCUGCUGCUGCAUCUCUGCUACCUUCCAAACCCUGGAAACCCAAGUUGACAUGAGAAGCUUUUUCCUCUGAGUGACUGAGAUUAAAAAUGGAGUAUGUCCUAGCCUGAGCUGAGCAGACCUGUGAGGGACCCAAAGAAGGUCAAAACUAAGCUGUUUGUCCACAGAAAUCUCUUUGUUUUCUAUCUUCUGUCUUUGUCUUGGCUGGCUGUCAUCUGAACUUGAACCUGAGACUGUUUUUGCACCAGCUGUGGUGGUUAUUAAUGUGUUUGAUGACUUAUUGCAGGGGGGUUAUUUAACUAGGGCACAGGAAGCACAAGCAAGACCUUUUUUCAUGUAACAUUUUCGACAUUAAUUUUCUGACUAAAGUAGUCCCACUUUGAGUCCAAACUCAUUCUUGAAAGAUGUUUUCUUCCUUCCCCAUAUGUUGUCCUUUUAAAUCAGCUUGUUUGAUUUUUGUUCUUGAUGUUUUUGUUGAUACGUCUCCUGGUAUGAUGGCUGUGCAACAUAUUUUGUUUCAAAUAUAUACUUGUGAAAUUUCAUAUAUAUAAAUAUUUAUAGAGGAACAUUUGGUGAAACACAUCAUGUUUAAGCACCAUGGUUCCGGCAGCAUCCCCAGCACUAACCCAGAUUUAGCGGCCACUCAUCGUGGUUCACUGGAGUCCACAUCUGACAGGAAACGGGUGCAGAGGAUUCCUAAAUAGAUGGUUGUAGUGGAAGUUGUUUUACUGGCUGUCCUCGUAAUCAGCAGGUCUGAAGCAGUUCAACAUCUGUCAAACGACAUCGUCAUAAGGAGACAAGGGAAGUGGGGGCGAUUACCGUAGGCCAGAUGGCCAUCUGCCUGAGAUUGAAGAAUAGAUUUGUAUCCAAAAAGUAAUUUAGAAGAUGGCCGUAAUCCAGGCUUGAUGAUAGCGGAGCGAGUAAGCCGGUGUCAUUGACGUGAUAAGGAAGACAGUGGAGGCGUGGAGCACUGAGCCCUCUGUGCUGUCUGGCAGAUUGUGUGCUAUUUUUAGCCUCCAGGAUAAAAUAUAGAUCCUCUAAUACAAGUGCGGGUACUAAAGUGAUUUCAGACCUCACUUGUGUAAAAUGUAAUGAUGAAAGAAAGAAAAAGAUGUCUCACAUGAUAGGAAGAAGUCAUAAUACAGUCUCCUGCAUUAGUAUUUACACCUACUUUUAUACAUGUUGGCAUGUUUCAGCCAAGACAGACUUUAGUGGCAAUGUGUCCAAUAAAACCCUGUCCAGAAUUUUAAGUUUGGAGGGUUUUACAUGGUUUUUAAAUUAUUUUCCACCAUGAAAUGUGUUAAGUUUUCAGUGAUUUGCUUUGAAACCCCUGAGAGAAAAAAAUCCCUGAAUAGAUUCAUUUAAGGUUGAGGUUGUAAGACAUCAAAUAUUGAUGUUCAGUGGAGGUGAAUACCUCUGCAGGGCUCUGGGUUUUGUGUCCAGAUUACCUUUGUUGGGAGGCAUAAAACAUAAAUGAGCUGCACUUGUGGGUGGUGUUUGUGCUCUAACCAUCCUCGCUCUCCACCAACAGAAGUAUGUGACUAACUGUGUCACGUACUCUCACAGGCUGCCAUCACUGUGUUUGCUUUGGCUGGCCAGUAUCUGCUGCAGCAACUCAGUCAUGAAUUAUGAUAUAAACUACAGCUAAUCAAAACCCACUGAAGAAGCAGUACUCAGUCUUUGCAGUGAAACACCGUAUUGUAGUUCAAUACUGUUGACCUUUCGGGUGAUAUUUAAGUACAGUGAGAGUGCAACCUGCAGCAAAAUCAUCCUGUUUGACAACUUAGAUCUGCCUAAAGGAGCACACGGUCAUUUCAGUAAGGCUCUGAGGCUCUGGAGUUUAAAGCAAACAUAACCUCUGCAUGCAGCAGGAUAUAAAAAAUCUGCUGCCAGACCCCUCACACACUCUCACAGAAGAGUAAACAUGAGCCCAGUUUCAGCUUCAUUACAGCAGCCACCGAUUCAUGUUUAGAGUUUGUUUUGGGAUUGUAAGCGUAGACAGUCUUCCUGUUUUAGUUUAACUUGUGGCCGUUGUAUUGUAGUGGUUGAUUCUUGAUGAGUUUUAUGAAAGAAGUGGCUUUGAUACCCUGUGUCCCUGAAGGCCUGUGCCUGUUAAAAUAUGCUACACCACUUGAUGAAGUAGAAUUGGAACAAUGAAGAUGUUUGAAUCCCUCCAGAUCGUCCUUUUAUUCUCCACCUGUCCAAACUCUGAUCCGUCUGAUGAAUGAGAAAUGUGUCUGUGUUUUUCAACUCUCUCUUGCGCUGUGGAUGAUUCUGAAUUUUAUAUUGUAUUUUGCCUCUAUUGGUCUGAGUGUUUUUUAUAUAUAUAUGGUGAGAAAUAUCAAUACUUGAAAGUGUGAAACUGCUGAAUCUUUGGCCUCAGGCUGUGUAUGGAUGAUGAUGUCCGUUGACUGUGGAAGUGUUUUUGGUAGUGCACUAGAUUUUCAGCCAUCAGUGUUGUUUUUUCUUUUCUUUAGUUUUUGUUGAUGUUUCAUUUUGCUGAAUUGUGUUUAAAAUCAUUAUUUCUUGCAUUUUAUACUGUGUCUGAAUUAUUAUCAUUAUUAUUAUUAUUAUUUUAUUAUUAUUAUUGGUGUAAUUUCACCAUGGUUAAGUUAAUUCUGGCUCUGAGUUGAACCAGUGUACACAAAGGUAUGCAGUAGCAACACAAUAUUCUCUCACUGCUUUACCUCUCACAUGAACUUGAACAUGUUGUUGAUGUCUUUUGUUAUUUUUGUUCCUCUCUCUCUGUCGGUCACAGUAUGCCUGAAGUGUGUCGUGGUAUCCUGAGUGUCGUUCCUCUUCUUGCACUGGCUCUGCCCAGACGCCUUCUUGCUGUACAGGCUACAAAUGCUGAUGUAAUAAGCUGCAAGAAAUGACAACAAAAUGGUUUUGUUAUCAUAUAGUUUAAUAAAAAUGUAUGAUGGCACUCUGAGAAGUUA